GCAGAUAGGAAAACCACCAGCCAUGGCCAACUCCAAAUAUGAAUACGUCAAAGACUUCGAACAGUCGGACCCCCUGCUGCCCAACACCUGGGUAGUCGUCCGCAUCGACGGCAGAGGCUUCCACAAACUCUCCGACCGCUACCACUUCCUCAAACCCAAUGAUCGUCGCGCCCUGGAUCUCAUGAACGCCGCCGCCGUCGCCGUCCUGAAAGAUCUGCCUGAUCUGUGCAUCGCGUACGGUGUGAGCGACGAGUACAGUUUUGUCUUCCACCCGAGCUGUCAGCUUUUUGAGCGUCGAAAUGCAAAACUGGUGACUACCAUCGUGUCGACCUUUACGGCGCAUUACAUCCACCAGUGGGGCACCUAUUUCCCCGAUGAACCCCUCCAAUCGCCAUAUCUGCCUUCGUUUGAUGGCCGGGCGGUCAUGUAUCCGGCUGUGCAGAACAUGCGGGAUUAUAUGAGUUGGAGGCAGGUUGACUGCCAUAUCAACAACCUCUACAACACCACCUUCUGGGCCAUGGUCCAACAAGGUGGCAUGAGCAACACUGACGCAGAGCAAGAGCUCCAGGGCACGGUGUCCGCCGACAAGAACGAGAUCCUAUUCAAACGGUUCGGGAUCAACUACAACAACGAAGACCCAAUUUUUAAAAAAGGCAGCGUCGUCUACCGCCAGUAUCAGCUAGAAGCAACGAAGCCCACGCCAGAGCAAUCGACUGAAGGUGAGAAACCAGCGCAAACAUCGCGCUCCCAACAAGACAAGCUGCAGAAACUGCGGCGCAAGGCGCAGGUGGUGGUCGAUCAUGUCGAUAUCAUCAAGGAUGAGUUCUGGGAGAAACGGCCGUGGAUUCUGUCUGGGAAACCGGGAAAGCUGCCGGUUGAGUCGGGGGCAUGAUCUAGUUACUUUAUUCUAUACCUACUAUCUUAUAAACGCGAAUCGAUGUU